GUAUCCCCUUCAGGACGUCGUCUGUUUACAUGUCUCCCACGUCUUGGGCAAAAUGUUAGAACAGCAGAUAGAGACCAUUGUUACCAGUCUCUGCGCCAGCCAGAAACUGGAGCGAGAUCGGGCUGUUGUCGAGCUUAAUAACAAGAUAAAGACCCUGUCCACUGAAGUUAUUCAUAGCCUCCAGAGGGCCUUGAUCAAUAAGUCACUUGACUCCAGCAGUCCAUGGGAAACAGUACAUGGAUCUCUUUUGGGCCUGCGAGUGGUGGUGAUGAACACAGAGGUUGAACCGGAAGGCCAAUUCCACUGUGAAGUAAGGGCUGCUUCUCUCAGGCUCCUCACUCAUCAGGAAGUUCGUGUGAGACAAGCAGCUGGUGAGGUGCUAGGUGCUCUGUGCCAACAAGAUGGAGGGGUUACGUACGCUUCAUGCCGGUCACAGGUUUUAGAGCUAGUGCGCAGUAAUUUAGAACGGCAAAUGACUGAUGAUGAUGCCUCAAGGAGUGAACACGAAAGCACAAGGCAGCUGAUGGAGAAACUAACAGCAGGAACGAGAGAGAGGAGAAAUAGUGGUGAUGCAGCUCAGAUCUUCCAUGACACGGCCGGGUGGCGUAACUUGGAGACUAACAUGAAAUGCCUCGAACAUAUGAUCAAUGGCUGUGCUCCAAAGUUCCUUCCUUAUAUUGAUCAGGAUUUGCUGGACUUGAUAUUCACGGCCCUGACACACACUAAUCGUUUUGUGAGGGAGACGGGAUUUAAUGUGUGUGCUGCAUUGGUGUCAUGCGGAGGAGGAGAGGCAGCAGAGUUCCUGGAGACCAAUCCAAUGUUCACCUUUGGAGAUCAGCUGUCUCGUCACCUGGGACAGGGAUUGGCUGAUAACUGGAGCCAGGUACGCUUAGCAUCAUCUGUUGCAACACGGAAGUUCCUGAUGUCACUCCCAGCAGCUGCCAGAGAGAGGUUCUUCCCUGUCCUGCUUCCCAGACUGUGCCUUAAUAGGUAUUAUGUCGCUGAAGGAGUGAGGCUCCAUUCACAGGAAACUUGGCGUCAGGUGGCUGGGUCAGAGGGUAAAGCCUUGGUGGAAAAAUACAUUGAUCCUGUGGUUGUCUACUAUAUUGAAGCAACAGAAGCGGACAAUCAUGCAGUACGCGAGGCAGCUUGUGCAUGCAUCGCAGAAUUGGCCCUGAAGAUAGCUCGAAGUGCUGUGCGAGCCCAUGUGCCUGACUUGCUCCAUGCUCUCACUGUGUGCUUCAGUGAUGAUUCGUGGCCUGUCAGAGAUGCGGCAUGUGUAGCUUGUGGAAACUUUAUCCUGUGCUUCCCUGAUGAGUCUCAGGGCACUUUAGAAGUGCUCUACCCUCUCUUCUUCACCAAUCUCCAGGAUAACAUCCCCUCUGUUCGCCAAGGAGCAGCCGCCGCACUCUCCAAUGUUGUCAGAGCUUAUGGAAAGACUGUCCUUCCACACAUCAUGGAAAAACUAAAGGAGGGAUUAAAAGGUGUUGAGGGACAGCCCUCGGAGAGUGAGCGCUACGGUGACCUAGAAAGUGGACCGGCCACUUACGGAGUCGUGAAACGCAAGAGAGACAAUGACAUGGACCUCCAUUCUAAUAAGCAGAUGUACUCUUGUGGUUCCUUGGCUCCUAAGAUGGGGCGUGGUGGAGGUGGAUGCUCUGACUGCAGGUUCCGGCGUCCUCCACAGCUUUGGGAGAAAGCUGAUGGGUGCCUCUACCUGGCCAGUGAGUUGGCAGGAAUCCCUGAGGCUGCUCCCAGUAUCUUAGAGUGCUUGCCCCUAAUGUCCGAGGCUGUCCGCCACAAGCACUACACAUCCCAUGUUACCCUGCUGGAGACGCUUUGCAAGACCUUACCCCACAUGGCCAAGGGUCUUAGCAAGAGGGUGUUCAAGAGCCACCUGCAUCUCUUCCUGGAUGCUAUCUUCUAUGCAUUGGAGUGUGAAAAUGCCCUGACAUCAUCAGCCGCAAGCCAGUGUCUGACGCAGCUCUCGCAGUUUCUUGGUCCAAACAUCCUCCGUGGGCGAGUGGAAGAGUACAAUCCGAGUUAUUUAAGAGCUUUAGAUGCCAACAACUUCAUCGCUCCACUGUGAUAAAGAUGGCAACAGAGAGAAGCUGAAGAGUGCGUCCAUCAAGCCAACAGUCAAUGCGUACCUUCCAGAACAGUCUGUCUAUGGGUUGUUUACAAAGGUUUGUAGUUAACCUUUUGAGCCAAAUAGUGGGAGAAAAAAAAUAUAUAUUGAGAAUUUAGCAUGUGCCUAGAAGCCAUACACACUAUUGAAGUGUUCUAGACUUGAUGUAAUUGUAAAAGUCAACCAACCAUGAGCUUAAUGUGAGAGUACAGUGUUAGGGAAAUAUCUUGUUGUUUGUUACAUACUUACUCAAGGGUUUACUUUUCCAGGUUAUGUAAUUGAUCAACAAUAUAAAUUCCUACUCAGUAAUUUAAUAAUAGUCUCCUUACCACUGUCUUUCCCCUACAUUUAGAAGUGUUCAUGUUGUGCUAAAGAUUAUUUUGAAUAUCCUAUUCUUAUUAUUUUAAUAGGAUGGUUGGAGGUGGGAUACAUUUAAGGUAUCUUUUGCAAUUGAUUGCAAGUCUCGCCAGUUGUCAUAUUUAGGGUGCUGCAAGAACAUAAAAUGUAUGCAUAGUAAUAUCUUUUUUCAUUAUGGCUUCAACUCCUGCUUCUGUUAUAUGUGUCAAUAUUUCCUGUGUAUGAAAUGUUGGAGGCAAAGUUCCCCUAGUACUGGUUUUAUAUAUUUUUUCCUUUGAUUAAAAAACAAAAAAACAUAAUGGUUGUGAUGAUAGGUACCAAGCAUUGUGAUUUUGAUCUGUAAGUCUCCUUUUAGAACAUAUAUUUUGCUUAAUGCUUUUAAAAUUUGUUGUCUUUUUUAGGGGGCAAAGGGGGGCAUGAAUAGACUUGAAUUUCAUAAGCCAAUAUAUGUAGAACAGAGACUUCAUAUUCAAGUCUGCACAUAAUGAAUGUUAGUUGUGUACACUGUAUGGAGCUUGUGUAUUUUAUUUAUUCAGGUGAUAAAAUUUGUGAUAGGAGGUCACAGUUUAUUUUGUACACAGUAUUAAGUUCUUUUUAUUCUUGAUCAUUUUUUCAAAGCAUGAUGCAUCAGAAAAAUCUGAAAGAUGAAGAAUUUCAAGAAUUUUUUCAGUUCCUCCACAUCUACUCACCUUCAUUUCUCAUAUUGCAUAUUUACAAGAGUAUCUGAUGUUAAGAUAAUUGAUAUAGUCUUCAUCUUCAGUCUGCAAAGAUAUUGAGAGAGAGAGAGAGAGACAGACACAGACAGACAGACAGACAGACAGACAGACAGACAGACAGACAGACAGACAGACAGACAGACAGACAGACAGACAGACAGACAGACAGACAGACAGACAGACAGACUUAAAAGGGGAUGAAAGUGAAAUUGACAGACAGAGGGAGGGACGGACAAGUUGUUCAAGCUAUACUUACUAAUGAAAUCUUGUCUUGGUAAAAUAGAUAGAUAGAAUUAGAAUUGCUGCAUUAGUAUUGUAUUAUUAUUAUUAUUAUUAUUAUUAUUAUUAUUAUUAUUAUUAUAUUAUUAUCAUUUGUAUUAUUAUUAUUAUUUAUUAUUGUAGUUGUUGUUAUUAUUGUCAUUGUUAUUAUUGUUAUUAUUAUUAUUAUUAUUAUUAUUAUUAUUAUUAUUAUUAUUAUUAUUGUUAUUAUUAUUAUCAUGAUCAUUAUCAUUAUCAUUAUCAUGAUCAUCAUUAUCAUUAUUAUUAUUUUAUUAUUACUGUUUUAUUAUCAUUAUCAUAUUAUAAUAAUUGUUUUUUAUUAUAAUUUAAAAAUUAUUAUGAUUAUUAUUAUGAUUAUUGUUAUUAUUAUAGAAAUUGUUAAUUUCAUUAUUGUAAUAAAAUUAUUAUUAUUAUAAAUAUUAUGAUGAUUAUUAUUGUAGUUGUUAUUAUUAUUAUAAUUAUUAUUAUUAUUAAUAUUAUUAUUAUUAUUAUUAUUAUUAUUAUUAUUAUUAUUAUUAUUAUUAUUAUUAUUAUUAUAUUAUUAUUAUUAGCAUUAACAUUGUUUUUAUUAAAACUUGCAUUUUUAUUUUUGGCAGGUAGUGUAUGUCACUUCACAUUUCUUGACAUAACAAAGACAAGAAAAAUCCUUUAUGUCUACCAUAUUGAAAAUGAAAGUGUUAAAAAUUUUUGCUUUAUGUAUUAUAUACAGGUAAUAUCUUACUAUAAUGUUAAUUUUGUAAUUUGAUAAUUCAGUACAAGCACUGUGAUUUGUUUUAGUGUAAUGAUAAAAAUCUCUAGGAUUAAAGAAAUAAAACAGCCAA